GUUCUCCGCUUUCCUGCCUCGGUUCUGGAGCCACCCUCUGGUACGCAGAUCUGCCUUCUUAAGACUCUUACCUUCCCCAAGAAAGGAGCACAGAGCAGGAAGAAGGAAUGACCUCUGAUCUCCUGUCAGACAGAGCCCGGGAAUCAAUAACAUUCAAGGACGUGGCUGUGGACUUUACUCAAGAAGAAUGGAAACAGCUGGACCCAGCGCAGAGAGACCUGUACAGGGAUGUGAUGCUGGAGAACUAUAAGAACCUGGUUUCCUUGCGAUUGCCAGUUUUUAAACCCCAUGUGAUAUGUCAGCUGGAGCGAGGGGAAGGACCCUGGAUAUCAGAGACAGACGUCCCACAAGUCAUUUGUCCAGAUUCCAUUAUGCUGAAGACAAGGUGUGAAAACUUGGAGUGGACUUCAAAUCUGGUCGGUUCUCUAGGAGAGUCUGCUAAGGAGAUAAGCAGCAAGAAUAAUCCCUUUACUUCCAAGUUGGAAGGAACGUGGGAGUCUGACGUCAGGUCAGAGAAGCAGAAGGGGCACUGGAGCAGACAAUCCAAGGAAGUACCAAGAAUUCAGAGAAAAACUAAUGAUGAGUUAAAUGUUCACGAAUGUAAUACGCUUGGGAGGACUUUCAAUCGAGUGCCACUCAUUUUUCCGCCACAGAGAGUUCCAACGGGAAAAAUUCUCCAGAAAUAUGAUACACUUGAUAAGAACUUCGAAGAGUUUUCAGACCUAAAUAAAGAUACUAGAAUUCCCUCUUCUAUUUGUAAGUAUAGUAAAUGCAGGAGGCCCUUCACUUACCACUCAGAUCUUAUUCAGAAUCAUAGAAUGCCUACUACACAGAGAUCACAUGAAUGUCAUGAAUGUGGGAAAUCCUUCACUAACAACUCAGUCCUUAAAAAGCACCUGAAAAUCCACACAAGAGAGAAGCCCUGUAAGUGCAAUGAAUGUGGCAAAGCCUUUAAGCAGAGGCGCUCUGUUUAUGAACAUCAGAAAAUUCAUUCUCAGAGGAGAGAGAAACCCUAUAUGUGUCAUGAUUGUGGGAAAUCCUUCAGUUGUAAGUCUAUACUCUGGAUUCAUCAGGGAAUUCAUAGCAGAGAGAAACCCUACAAAUGUAAUGAAUGUGGGAAAACCUUCAAGCACAAGUACUUGCUUACUGAUCAUUUGAGAAUUCAUUCUGGAGAGAAGCCUUAUAAUUGUGCUGACUGUGGGAAAACAUUUACCCAUAGGACAUCACUAUUUAUGCAUCAAAAAAUUCAUGCUGGAGAAAAACCAUAUAAAUGUACUGACUGUGGGAAAGCCUUUGCCUACCGGGCAACACUUAUUGAUCAUCAGAGAAUUCACACUGGAGAGAAGCCUUUUAAAUGUACUAAAUGUGGGAAAACAUUCAGCCGGAGAUCAUCAUUUAGUGCUCAUCAGAAAAUUCAUACUGGUGAAAAACCAUACAAAUGUACUGAAUGUGGGAAAGCCUUUGUCCACAAAGGAACAUUUACAGAACAUCAGAUUAUUCAUACUGCAGAGAAACCUUACAAAUGUAAUGAAUGUGGGAAAACUUUUAGUCGGAAAGGCUAUCUUACUGACCAUCAGAGAAUUCAUAGUGGAGAGAAGGUUUUUAAAUGUACUGAAUGUGGGAAAGCUUUCAGCCUGAGGCCCUCACUUAUUAUGCAUCGAAAGAUUCAUACUGGAGAAAAACCAUACAAAUGUACUGACUGUGGGAAAGCCUUUUUCUACAGGGGAGCAUUUAAUGAACAUCAGAGAAUUCAUAGUGGAGAGAAGCCUUUUAAAUGUUCUGAAUGUGGGAAAGCCUUUGCCAGCAGGGGAAUACUUAGCAAACACCAGAGAAUUCAUAGUAGAGUAAAACCCUUUAUCUGUCAUGAAUGUGGAAAAAGCUUUAAUAAGCAGUGCCAUCUUAAUAGCCAUGAGAAAAUUCAUAUUAGAAAGAAACCUUUUGAACAUCCCAAAUGUGGGGAAACAUUCCGCUAUAAGAAAUUGCUUACUCUACAUGAGAGAAAUGAUACUGAUGAAAAAGAUUUAGAGUGUAAGGAGUGUGGCAAAAUCUUCAAACAGAGAAGUUAUCUUGCUGUUCAUCAGAUGAUUCAUACUGGAGAGAAACCUUUUGAAUGUACUCAGUGUAAGAAAGCUUUCAGCCAUAAGGCAGCUUUUAGUCGGCAUAAAAAAAUUCAUACUGGAGAGAAAUCUUUUAAAUGUGCACAAUGUGGGAAAGCUUUCAGCCUAAGUUCAUCUCUUAUUCGACAUCAGACAGUUCAUACUGGAGAGAAGCCUUUUGAAUGUACUCAAUGUGGGAAAACCUUUGCCCUCAAAAGAUACCUUGUUGUACAUCAGAGAAUUCAUACUGGAGAGAAACCUUUUGAAUGUACUCAGUGUGGGAAAGCUUUCUGCCACCGUUCAAAUCUUGUUAUACAUGAGGGAAUUCAUACUGGAAAGAAGCCUUUUAAAUGUACUGAUUGUGGGAAAACAUUCCGCCAAAGCAGGUCUCUUACUAUACAUCAGAGAAUUCAUACUGGAGAGAAGCCUUUUGAAUGUACUCAAUGUGGGAAAGCCUAUACUGUCAGAGGAAACCUUACUGUACAUCAGAAAACUCAUACUGGGUAGAAACUCUAUAUGUUACGAAUUUGGGAAAGCCUUCAGCACUACCUUACUACAUUGGAGACAUCAGAGAAUUCAUAAUGAAGAGAAACCCUUCAAAUGUGCUGAAUGUGGAAAAUGUCCAACCAGAUGAGAACUUAACAUCAGAAAAUUCGUAGAGGAGAGAAACCUUUUGUGUGUCCUGAAUGUGGGAAAGCUUUCAAUCAUAAGAUGUACUUUGCUCUACAUACAGCAGCAAAAUCCUAUAAAAACCAUCAGGCAGAGGGAAUAUCAUCCUCUAAGGCAGAGAGCUCACAUUGCAUUCACAUCUACAUGGUAAUGAACAUGGUAUAUCCAUCAGCAACAGCUCAGUCCUUAAGAAACACCAGCUAAUUCACAGAGGGGAACCCUGUAAUUGUAAUAGAUGUGGGAAAAGUCUUCCCUUAGUUUUGUCUCAGUCCUUGGGAAGCAUCAGAAAAUUCAUAAUUGAGAGCACCCUCCAAAAUGAAUGUGGGAAAGCCCUCAACUGGAGCUGCCAUCUUAUUUCUUUAUUCUUUCUAGGUGGAUUGUCAUACAUUAAGAUAAUAAUUUGUUUUACCUUCCACUCCACUGUACCGAAAUAUUGAACAUAUUUAUCAUUCUACUUUGAGGGAAGUUAAUAAUUUGAAUAACCAGUAUUUCUAUGUGAUCCAUUCUUCUGCCUCUGACAGACCCCAUUUCUCAAGGACAGGCAGUUUCUGAAGGAUUUGAUUGAAUGAGAACAUUCCCAGCCUCCAAGGCAUCUGCUCAUGAGCCAAUCACGUCCGACUCCACAUGACUUCAUUUGUGGUUUUCUUGGCAAAGUUGGUGGAGUGGUUUUACCUUUUCCUUCUCUAGCUUAUUUUGAAGUGACUUAUGCAGGGUCACAUGACUAGAUGAGCCUUCCUGACUCGAGGCCUAGCAUGGUAUCCACUACACCGCAUAGCUACCCUAAACCUUGCUUUUGUUUACCCCUUAAACAGAAACCAGCUUGAGCUAUGGCUGCCCCCAGGGGAUGACGCAUGCUCUUGGUUUUCCAAAUCGAAAUUUUGGGUGACCUGGUCUCCUACAGCAAAGGCAAUACAGGAGAGAACCUGAUUGAGAUAGCUUAUAUUUUUCUAGCCAGGAUUACUAGAGGCAACUGGGUCACAUAACGAACAUUCCUUAAGUUCCUAAGAGGUGUGUAAUCAGCCACAUCUGAAAGCCAUCCCAUUUUCCCUAGCUGCAAACUGUUCCUUUCACCUAAAGAUUGGUCCUGUCCUCAAUUCUCCUCCCCCCUCCAUUAAUGAAGUAAUUGGGAGGAGCUGAGAACUAUUAACCCACCUCCUUAUUUAAAUAUCCAGAAGUGAUUGCACUGCCUUUACUAGGGAGGUCCAAAUGAUGUUCAGUCUUUUUUCAGUCAUGUCUGACCCUUCAUGACUUCAUUUGUGGUUUUCUUGGCAAAGA